UCGAUCGUUGAGUGUUUGUGCUCGAGCGAGCGGCUCUCGGCGAUGGAGAAAGGAGGAGGUGGUGGGAGCGUUGCUUCCAUAGCCCCAUCGGGAGAGAAGGGCGAAAAGGAGGAGGAGCACGAACAUGUGUUCGCCGAGGCGUCGCAGGCGAUGGACGCGUUGUUCGCAGACACGCAGCGCAUGUCAGAGGUCGAAUCUACGGCUGACAUGUUGUUUGGCGAUGCGUUUUUGAUCGACCCGGACGUGGCGGCGUUCGGCAAUACCGAGGAGAACAAGGUCAGGGCAGACGACGGCGCCAUGGCCAUGGUAGAUGCCGCCGCCGCCACGCUUUCGAAUGAGGAUCGGCUCGAGAGACAACUGGUGGAAGGCAAUUCCGACGUGAUUGAGGCUACCCGUAGUAGGAUGAGAGAGGUGGGGUGUGCCGCGGCCGCGGUAGAGAUGGAGAUGGAGGAGGAAGGUCGGCGAGGAGGAGUGAGAGAAGGAAGAGGGGAUGAAGUAGGGGCAUGUGGAACAGGGGCGGAAUUACUGCCGUCGACGAGAGCUGCGGAAGAUCCUACCGGUAGUGCUCAAGCAGGGGAUGUGGGUGUGGGGGUUGUCGAUGGACUUCGAUCAGAGAAGGAUGCUGGAGUGAAUAUGAUUUUGAUGAGGACCGAGAGUGCAGCAAGGACGAGGGAGGAUCCUCCUGUUUGCCAAGAUCUAGAGGAGUUGGACAUGAUGACUGGCUUAGCGAAUACUUCCAUGGAUCGUCGGAUGAACGAGAUCGAUGACGGUGGGGAUGAUGUCGUGGAGAUGAAGGGUCCAGAAAGUAGUGGUAGUGCGAGGAAGAAGGAAGAGGGCUCGGCGGCGGUAAUGCGCGAGCGGGAUCGACAAGUACAUGGACAUCUGGAGGUUCAGUGUGAUUCUAUGGUUGUUGAUGAUAGAGGGAUGGCUGGAGGUGAACUCAGUAGUGAUCCGAGGGGAGGAGGAGGAGGAGGAGGAGGAGGAGGUUUAGGAGGAGAGGUAGGAGGCGAUGGAGCGUCAGCUGCGGAGAUUGUGGUUGUGGGGGCGGCGGCGGCGGCGGCGUCCGAUCCCCGUGACAGGUCCGCAGAUUGUCAAUCUCUGUUAGAUUUCUCCCCCUUGUCCCGUUUCCCGGAACCGACCGAUGUGAAGGAAGAGGAGGAAGUCAAGAUGUCCGUUGCGGCCGCCUCGAAAGAAGAGGAGGAGGAGGAGCCUGUGCUGUUCUUCUAUAGCAGAGUGAGGAGGGAUGCCUCGCAUGCGGUGCCGGCGGCGGCGGCGGCGCCGCCGCCAGGGCCGUCCUCUGCACCGGCGUCGAGCACGCUCGGAGAGAACCGAGCGGUAUCGGCGGGUGUCGGCGGGCCAAGGGCAGCAGCAGCAGCUGGGAGUCACGUGGCAGCCAUAGCCGGGGGAGGAGGCGUCAGCUUGCCAAAGAAGGAGGCGGAUAUGGCGGCGCCGGCAAUUGGGAGCAAGGAUGGGGAAAGUGGGGCGAAGGGUGAUAAGCCGAAUGGUUUGGGAGGAGGAGUGACGCCUGUCGGUCGAUUAGCAGGAAGUGUUGGGGGGGGGGGGGGGUCAGCCCGGGGGGGGGUCCAUUUGGGAGGAGGAGGAGGAUUAGGACGGGUAAAAGUAGAAGAGGAAUUUCAGACGUUUAGCGGAGGACGUCAAGGAACUUUCCAAGAGAAUGGACAGCAGCAAGUGGAGAAGAGAGAGUCUAAGCUGGACACGUGUCAGCAGCUGGAGUCAAGAGAGAGGGAGGAGGAGGGAGGAGAAGGGCAAUCAUCAGGAGACCGACCGUGCAAUCGUCUGGGCAAACGUGGUAGUAGGGGACACGUGGCAGGAGCAGAGGGCACGGAGAAGACGUCUUCUGGCACUUCAUUUUUGAAUGGCGAUGAGAAUGGUGCGUCGAUUAGCGGCGGCGGCGGCGAUGGCGGCGAUGACGCUGACGAUGAUGAGAGUGGGGCAAGCAGCGAUGAUGAGAGUGGGACAAGUAGCAGCAGCAGUGAUAGUGAUAGUGACAGUGAUAGUGAUAGUGAUGGCGAUAGUGAGGAGAAGACCAGCAACGAUGAGAUGGAGGUAGAAAGAGGAGAGAAUGCGGAGUUCGUUUUCGACAGCGAUGCGGAGAAGGUUCUUGAAGACGAGAAAGAGGAGGAGAAUGGCGAUGGCGACAAGACGGAUGAUGAUGCGGAAAGCAUAGAUCUGGACAAGCUAGACGACUUUGUAGCGGGGCUGAAAAAUAGAAGAGGGGAUGGAGUCAAACACAUGUCUGAAGAUGAGGACGAUGCAACGGGUACAGCGGUGGUUGGACCACCUCGCACUAAGAAUGAGCUUGCAGUGCUACCUCCUGUGCCAAAAGUUGAAGCAGAGCUACUGCCUCAUCAGGAGCUUCGAGAAGUGGGCGUUAUUUCUUCAGUCAUGGAUGCAAUUGUGGUGGUCCAGGGAACAGGAAAGGAGAGGGCACUGGACGACGGAACGGUUUUGUGGUUGUCGGCGAGGCGCAAGUGUCUUGGAUUGGUGGAUGAGAUUUUUGGCCCUGUGGUUGCUCCCUUGUAUUCGGUGCGGUUUAAUAGUGCGGCAGAGGUGCCAGAGGAGGCUGUGCCCGAUGCUGCUGUUUCUUAUGUAGAAGAUUAUGCGAAAUUCAUACUUAAUGAUGCCUCCUUGCACAAGAAGGGUUAUGAUGCGUCUGGAGCCAAUGAUGAGGAGCUGCCUGAGGAGGAGGUGGAGUUUUCUGACGACGAGAAGGAAGCUGAAGCUAAGCGAUUACGGAAAAUGACAAAACGACGUAUGAAGAACGGCAUGGAAGGCGAUAAUGGCUCAGAACAAGAGCAGGGGAAUGGGUUGAAGGCUGGAGAAGAACUUGGUGGGACAGCGAAACGCCGUCAGCGGGGCCGUGGGCGGGGGGGAGCAGGCACUCACCCUGCAGUGGAAGGCCCUUCUAUCGGAAAGCAACAGCAGCAAAAUGGACAAGGUUCUGAUUGGCAAGCUGGCACACAGGAGACAAUGCAGCAAAUGGCUAAUCUGGGGUUGGAUGCUAAUAAGAGGAGGAAGGAAAUGCGCACGUCGUCUUCGUCGGAACCAGGCAAACUCACUGGCGAACAGCCACGACAUAAUGCUUAUCAACAUCAUCCACGAGAGCAUAUGUCGGACACGAGGAGUCGCAGAGAGGCACCGAGAGGCAUGGGCGUCCAAGAGAGGAACGAUGCUCAACCUUCUUCGACAUUCUAUUCUGCCCCGAGGAAGUGGUCGGGUGCAUCAAAUCCUGUCGUUCCAAAUGGGCCGGUGCAUCAGCGGGCUUCUUCCCGAGAUCAAACGCCGCCACCUAGAGCAGAUCGAGCGCCCGCUUCUCAACUGCAACCAAUGCAACCUUCGCAGCCAAGUCCCAAGAGGCCUCUUCCCCCACACAAUCAAAUGCCUCAUCAUCAACAGGAUCAACUCCCACCGGCCCGACAGGAUUGGAGACCACCUCCCCAACCUGAUCGAGUGCCGCCUCAUCAACCAGAUCCGGUGACUUCUGUGCAGUCGGAUCGCAUGCCCGGCCAGCGGCCAGAUUCGGUGGUGCCUCCUCAACCGGACCGAAUGCCCCCUCCUCAAUGGGGGGAUCAACCACGCCCUUUGCAGCGUGAUCAGAUGCACCCACCACGUAAGCCGCACAUGCCUGCCCAGCCGUAUCCUCGACAAGAUCAGGCACGCCCAUGGCCUUCCACACAGGAUGAAGGACCCCCUCCUCGGUUUGGACAGAUGUCACCACGUCGUCAGGACAGGCAGGAUGAAGGACCACCUCCUCGGCGAGAGCGGAUGGCAUUGGCGCAACGGGAGCAAAUGCCGCCUUGUCGACAGGAGGACCAGGGGCCCCAGUGGAGGAGAGAAGCUCCCAGGACUGCUACGUUCACCGAAGAGAGGCGGCAUGGUGGUCCGUCCUCUCCCUCUGGUGCACGGCAGUGGCCGAACGGCCCUGGAGAGCGUGAUGCAUGUGAUCCUUCUGUGCGUGCGUGGCAACAACAACCGCAACGCGAGAAAAUUCCCCCCGAGAGGCAGGGAGCAGUAGUCAUGUCAAGGCCAAUGGAUUCUGCGCCGUACCCUUCAGACAAAAGACACCAUGGUUACCAGUCUUCGUCUUCCGCUCGUGAGUGGCCAAGCAGGUCUGUUCCUUCUGGUGCCGAGGCACCGCCGUGUUCGAGGGCAUGGACACCGCAUGACCAGGGACCAGUUACCAGUAUGGCAGGUGGAGCUGGGGAUGUAUGGCCAGGCUCAUACCCAGAUAAGAACAGACAGCUCUCCCAGGGCAUUCCCACAGAUGCUAGCAAUGGGGACUUCAAACACGAAACUCCUUCCAGGCAUCCAUCUCAGCCAUGGCCGCCUCUGGGUCCGGGCCCUUGCCCUGCGCCCACCGCUGUGGGAGGCCGUGAGCAGUUUGAGAAGCCUCAAGAAACACGUCAGUGGGAAUCUUCUACCCCUGCAGGUGGUGAUAUACGGCCAGGCUCAUAUGUAGAUACAAACCGGCAGCCUUUCCAUGGUCCUCCACCGAAUGGUAGUAAUGGGCACUCCUUCGGACUGGAAAACCCAGCUUCAGGACAUCCUUCUCAGCCACAGCCACCUCUACCUCCAGGGCCUCCACCUGCAGCAGUUGCAGUGAUGGCCAGCGAGCCGUUCCAGAAGCCAUGGGAGAAACGACAGUGGGAGUCUCCCUCACCACAGGCCCAGUCUCACUCCCUUCACCAACCAGGGUUGUCGCCUCGACUUCAUGCCAGGCAGGAAGGUAACUUGCAACCUCGAGGAAUAGCAAACUCGCAUCGUCCACGUACCCCGGAGGUAGACGGUUUCAGCAACAACGGGCAGUUAAGAAAUGGGUGGCCCGUGAAGGGAGGUUCAGCACCGCAUCAUCAGCAGCCCCGUUCCAACCCUGUUCACGGGAACUCAGGUUCAUGGCAAUCGAUGUCGGCACGCAGACCUCCAGGUGAAGAUUUGACGUCGCCAAGGACAGCAUCUGCGUCGGCACCGCAAGGGGAAUUCGACACCACCUUUCCCAGAUCUCCGUAUCGUCAGCAGCGCGAUGAACGGGAUGUACCACCCCCCGCCUUGUUGAGUGGAAACAAACAGCAGGCUUUUCACCAGCAGGUAUGGCCACGCCAAUCGCCUAUGCCUGCAAAUGGGUAUGGUGGCCCACAUUCCCCUAGAACUGGUCCCCCAAGCAAGGGAGGGGAGGCCUUCCAUGCAUUACCGCCGAGUCGCCAGAGCGGGGCAGAUGCAGGCUAUUUACCAUCACAGGAAGGGCCAUCAAAUUGGGCGAAUCCUCGAGCUGGACGUCCAUGUCAAGGACCACUGAACGUAUCUGAGAACCGGCCAUCAGGUCCACAAGCCUUUAGUUCACGAGCAUCGAGCUGGGAGGGUUAUGGACCGCCACAGUCAGGUCCUCCUGAGCCGGAGCGAUCCAUAAAUUCAGGCCCUUAUGAUUCCAACCACUGGUCAGCUUCCCAAGGUCCUCCUCCCCCAUCAAUGCCACCUCCCCAGAACUGGCCAUCAAACUGGCAAAGGGGUGCAUGACCACAGGGCCAGACAUGUGUGGAGGGGACAUAGCUGCUCAUGACCCCAGGAAGAAAAAGGAGGGGUCUUUGAUGCUUGGACGUCUUCUCUCCACUGGUCAGCUUCCCAAGGUCUCUCUCCAUGGCAGAGUAAUUCAGAGCUGGUGGUGAGUAUAUGAUGAUUAUGCGCGAGAGAGUUCGACUGCUCGGGAUACAGUUUUGAGCAAUUGUUGCGGCUGUCUUUAGUUGCAUGCAUGUUUGACAUGACAUGUCUGCACUGUUUUCCACCGCACAUCUACACAGUCUUCCGCCUCACAUCUCCAUUGUUUUCCACCGCACAUUUCCACCACACAUCUCCAUUGUUUUUCGCCUCACAUCUCCAUUGUUUUCCACCACACAUUUCCACAGCUUUUGACCACACGUCUUCACAGCUUUCCACCGCGUAUCUCCACAGUUUUCCACCACCACACAUCUCCAUUGUUUUCCGCCUCUCUGGUCGUCUAAUAUUCUCCUGACACCCCCUGCCGGGCAAAUUCUUCUGUUUCCGGCAGGGGAAGUAGUGAGUGGCUUUGAUUGUCUGCGAAGUAGAAUUCACAUGUUCAGCUAUGUUUGCGGGACGUAGAUGGCAAUGAGAGUUUUCCACAUAUCAUGUCUUCAGAGCAGGAAAUUCUACCUUAGUGACUUCGCUGUCUCAGUACGGUCUGGACAAUAGAGAAGGCUUAUUCCAUCUAUUCAUGUCUGCAAUGCUCAUCUUCCUUCUAUGCUGAAGUUUGGCGGUGUGAGGAAUUUGUGCCUGCUGUAUCUGUGGUUGGCUUAUGAAAUGGACUGGGGAUGGUCCUAUCGACCUUAACGUUGUUGUUGGAGAGAGAGUUAGAACUGUGGUUGCUGAUAGUCAAGGUUGGCAUCCACAGGGGAAUAGUCAGAGGGGACACACUCUCCAGUGCGAGCCCGCAGCACUGCACCUGCUCUCUCUCUCUCUCUCUCUCUCUCUCUCUCUCUCUCUCUCUCUCUCUCUCUCUCUCUCUCUCUCUCUCUCUCUCUCUCUCUCUCUCUCUCUCUCUCUCUGUGUGUGUGUGUGUGUGUGUUCAUGUUGGCAAUACACAACU